CAGGCGUCCGGCUGAGAGUUCCCUGGAAUGAACAUGUGGGCCGGCGGCACUCUGCGGUUUGCGCGAACCCCGGCCCAGCUGCGGCGGAGGCUGCUACCUGCCUGCGGCUGCCGCCCUUCUGCUGCCGCCUCCUACUCUGCAUCUGCCGACCCCUCCCGGGUCCGGGCGCUGGUCUAUGAGCAACACGGGCACCCACCCAAGGUGGUCGAACUGAAGAACCUGGAGCUAGCUGCUGUGGGUGGGUCAGAUGUCCACGUGAAGAUGCUGGCGGCCCCUAUCAAUCCAUCGGACAUAAAUAUGAUCCAAGGAAAUUACGGCCUCCUUCCCAAGCUGCCUGCUGUUGGAGGGAACGAAGGCGUUGGACAGGUGGUGGCAGUGGGCAGCAGCGUGACCGGGGUGAAGCCAGGAGACUGGGUGAUUCCAGCGACUGCUGGUUUGGGAACCUGGCGGACCGAGGCUGUGUUCAACGAGGAAGCACUGAUCGGAGUUCCAAGCGACAUCCCCCUUCAGAGCGCCGCCACCCUGAGCGUCAAUCCCUGCACGGCCUACAGGAUGCUGAUGGACUUCGAGCAGCUGCAGCCAGGAGAUUCUGUCAUCCAGAAUGCAUCUAACAGCGGUGUGGGGCAAGCAGUCAUCCAGAUCGCGGCAGCGCUGGGCCUGAGGACCAUCAAUGUGGUCCGAGACAGGCCUGACAUCCAGACGCUGACCAAGAAACUGAAGAAUCUGGGGGCUGAGCAUGUUAUCACAGAAGAGGAACUAAGAAAGCCUGAGAUGAAAAACCUCUUUAAGGACAUGCCUCAGCCACGGCUUGCUUUCAACUGCGUCGGCGGGAAAAGCUCCACAGAGCUGCUGCGGCACUUAGCGCCUGGAGGAACCAUGGUGACCUAUGGGGGCAUGGCCAAGCAGCCCGUCGUGGCCUCUGUGAGCAUGCUCAUUUUUAAGGAUCUCAAACUUCGGGGCUUUUGGUUGUCCCAGUGGAAAAAGGACCACAGUCCAGACCAAUUCAAGGAGUUGAUCCUCACCCUCUGUGAUCUCAUCCACCGAGGCCGGCUCACAGCUCCCGCCUGCGCCGAGGUCCCACUGCAGGACUACCGGUGUGCCUUGGAGGCCUCGAUGCAGCCCUUCCUGUCUUCAAAACAGAUCCUCACCAUGUGACCAUUCCAGCAGAGCCGGAGCCAAAUGGGAAGGGGGGCAUCAAUAGGACUGGUUUUGUCCCCGUAGUCUGGGCCCUCAGCCUUCCGCAGGCUGCCCCCUCUUCACUGUGACUUCCCACUGGGAGAGCUGUGGGGCCAGCCUCAGGGUCCCUAAUGAAGCCUGGAUUUCCUAGAAACAAACAAAACCAAUACAAGUCACCCCUGUUGAGAAGGACCAUCAUUAUAACUGUGCAUCUGCCAUCUUCCAGGACUUAGAUGCCCCUCCUUGCCUAUCCUCCAGUGUUCCCCCAGAGAUCAUGACCUGACAUGCUGAACGCAAAGCCAGGGUGUGCCUGGCAGGUGCGAAAGCCAGCGAGACACAAUCUCUGCCCUCAAGCCAUCCAUGCCCACAGGGGAGAAUCUAAAAAGGCAAGUUGAGCCCUGGCUAGUGUGGCUGAGUGGAUUGAACACCUGCCUACAAACUGAAAGGUCACAGUUCGAUUCCCAGUCAGGACACAUGCCUGAGUUGCAGGCCAGAUCCCCAGUUGGGGGCUGAUGAGAGGGAAUCAAUGUUCCUCUUACACAUUGAUGUUUCUCUUCCUCCCUUCCCUUCUCUCUAAAAGUAAAUAAAUAAAGUCUUUAAAAAUAUAAUGCCCUAUUUCUAAGAAAAAAUAAAUAAAAAUAAAAGGCAAGUUGACUCAUUCACAGGUGGUGUGUGGCUCAACAAAGAAUUACCCAGUCCAAGAUGUGAUAGUGCCACUGUUGAGAAAUCCUUUGUUAAACCAGUAAUCCCACAGUAGUUACCAUAGUGAUCAGCCUGCUAAAGAAGACCCGUGUGGGAAGGUUGGCAGGUGCCCUCUGGAUAAGAUUUGCCGCCUUGGACAUCUGCUCCAGGAUCUGCUCCAAGUCCCGCCCAUGCCCCUGUCCUUUAUCCUCAAGGUUAGGGAAAUGAAUGAUUUGUAUAGAUGGCUUACGUGGGAAGGUAAGAAAGCCUGAGAGGUAGUAGGGGGCUGCCCAAAGGCUUUAGGAGUGAGAGUUAAGUUUAGGUUCUUCAGGGGCUGUCCACACCGUUGGACUGGGAGUGAUGAGUCUGCACCAAGAAGGGGCAGUCCCCUGGUACCAGCUCACAGGAAGCAGACAGGAAGGAGUAAGGUUCAUAAUACCAUGGUUAGGGGCCUCGUGAAGGAUCGAACAAAAUGUCCUAAGAACAAUACCUCUAGGGGCCUGAAGAUGACAUUUGUGUGGGGCUUUAAUGGAUGAUUAUUGUUUUCUCAGACAGGAAAGGAAGGCAAGCAUUACAGAUUAAGGGACCAGAUUAAGCAAAGUUACUGAGACAGGACAUUUUUGUUUGAAUCUUCUGAUUUUCCCCAGAUAGCCAUUCUCUUCCUAAAAAAUAAAACUGAUGACUUUUAGGUGGGCACACAGUAGGCUACAGUAAACUCUUCCCUGCCUCUCUCACAACAGACAAGUUCUGCCCCUUGUGAUUGAUGUAAGCAGAGGUGGUAGCUGUCAGUUUCUUAGGAACCUCUUUAAAAUAUAGCUGGCACCAAUCUUGAACUUUUUCUUCCCCUUCCACCUACCUCCUGGCUGGGAUACAGACUUGAUUCCUGGAGUUGGCACAGCCAUCUUUGACCACGUUAGGAAUGGGACAGCAAUGAGGUCACAGGAGCCUGGGUGGCACCCAGAAGCCUUGGCUGUCCACUUCAGGACUUGAGAGAUAAGUUUUACUUAAGAAAUAAGCUUCUAUGUUGUUUAACACCCUAGUGUUUGGGCUUUCUCUGAACCUAGUCAUAGCUGAUACAUAUUCUGUGAUUCAAUUUGUAUUGAAAUGAAGUCAUUCAAUCUGAAGCUGAAAAAGUGAAUUGUGGCAAUUUGUGAUUCCCAGCUAAGGAACGUGGACUUGAUCCCAUUGGCAGUAAGAAAAGAUUUCUGAGCCAGAAGAUCAAAAACUGCUUUGGAAAAAUCCCUCUGGCAGCAUGUUGGAAAAUUUGGAUAAGGGAGGCACUAAAAGAUAAAAAGAAAUUCCCAUGCUUCUGAAUUUUAAAUAAGUAAAAUCUCCCUAAAUUUUGAAGAGCAACAUAGGAUUGCCAACACUUAAGAGGCCCGCAGAGGAAAGGAGACAGACAAAACAAUGUUAGAAAAGAAUCUGACUUAAGCCCUGGACCGUGUGGCUCAGCUGGUUGGGCACCAUCCCACAAACUGAAGGGUCUCAAGUUCGUAUCCCCAGUCAGGGCACAUGCCCAGGUUGCAGGUUCGAUCCCCAGUAGGAAUGCAUUCAAGAGGCAACUGAUACCUAUUUCCUUCUCACAUUAAUGUUUCUCUCCCUCCCUUCCCCUCUCUCUGGACUCAAU